UUGGUCUUAAAAUAUAUAGUUUGAAACAAGCGGUUGCUACUCUCCGGUAAAAAUCAAUGGAACUAAGCAAAAUAAUUCCUGUUUCUAAACCCAUAUGUCGUUUGUCAGAUCCAGAAAAUCCUCACAACCUUUGCCGAAGAUUUGAUCCACCACUCUCGGUGUGCUUCAGCUGCGAAGGCCAACAACACUUGGAGAAUAGAAGGUACUAUUACUAUUGUGCUACUUGUGAUUUGGAAUUUCACAGAGGUUGUCACUUGUUUCCCCCCGAAAUCAAACACCCUUUUCAUCUCCUCCACCCUCUCACCCUCAUCUUCUCAGAUCCUGAUUUUCAAAGCUCUAGAAUCCCCAUUGACUGGCCUGAUUCAUCCACUGACUCAGACGACUCUGAUUCGUCUGAAGAAAGCUCUGGAUCAUAUGAAGACCAUAUUGUUAAUUGCAAUUAUUGUCGGAAAAAUCUUGGACCAGAAGAGUUUGGAAUGGCAUACUAUCAUUGCUCUACCUGCAAUUUCAGCAUUCACAUGAGUUGCGCGUACAUUUGGCCACCUCUUGCUAUUGAAAACCGUAAAAGCCAUGAACACACUCUCACCCUUUUCCCUAGACAGAUCCCUUUGCCCUGUGAUGCUUGUGGCUUCUCUCUAGACACUCCCUUUUCCGAUCAUGUUUACUCUUGUCUGCUUUGUAACUACAUGGUCCAUAGAACAUGUAUUUACUUACCUCGUGUCAUUAAAAUUACCCGUCACCCGCACCGUCUCUCUCACACUUCCUCCAUCGUACCUUCUCGUCAGCUAUCUUGUGGAGUUUGCCGCAAAACUGUUGACGUCAACUACGGAUCAUACUCUUGCAACAAGGGAUGUCCCUACGCCGUCCAUUCCAAGUGUGCAACAAAGAAAAAAGUGUGGGAUGGGAAAGAUCUUGAAGGAGUUCCUGAAGAAGAAGAAGAGAUACUCGAGCCCUUUUCGUGGAUCGAUGAAGAGACGAUACAACACUUCAGCCAUGAUCAUCACCAUCUAAAGAUUCGUCGGAAUGGUGAAAACAAGUUUUGCGAAGCCUGCACCCUUCCCAUGACAGUUUCGGAUCGCUUCUAUAGUUGUAUAAAGUGCGAGUUUGUCCUGCAUGAAACAUGUGCAUCCCUUCCUCGGAGAAAACACCAUCCAGUACACAAACACCCGCUCAACCUUGAAAGGAAGUACUACUACAGAGACGGUUUCUUCCCGUGUGAUGGUUGUACUCGUCAUUGUUGUGGCUUCAUCUACAGAUGCAGCGAAAAGGAUUGCGAGUUUCAGCUAGAUGUGAGAUGCGCCUCGCUUCCUGAUCCUUCAAUCCAUGGCUGCCAUCCACGCGAUCACCCUCUCUUCUUCAAUUUCACCAGUGGUAAAUGCAUGGGUUUCGAGUGUCUUGGAGGCGGCCGUGGUGAGUACCUAGAAUGUAUUCAGUGUGAAUCUUUUUUGUGUCUUCAUUGCGCUACUUUGCCUUGCGUGGCUCACUACAAGCACGAUAAGCAUCCACUCACUCUUUGCUACGGAGAAGAAGAGACCUCAGAUGUCAAAUAUUGGUGUGAGAUCUGUGAAGGGAUACUAGAUGCAACCAAGUGGUUUUACACAUGUGACUCUUGUUGUGUCACUGUUCACAUUAGAUGUCUAUUGGGAAAGGAUGUGUACUACAUGAAGCCAAACCAUAUCAUCAAAAGUAUUGGGCAAAAUGUUUAUAUUGGAUAUAACAAUGGCAACACAAGACCAGAGUGUAAAAAAUGUAGACUUCGUUGCAUAUACACCUUGGUCUUUAAGUGUGAAAAUGAAAAUUUCUGUAGUCUGUCUUGUUUAUCCCUGACUGGUAGAUACCACCAUCUGACAAGAAUCAUGAGGAGAUGGGGAAAAGCAAAUUUGGAAAAAGAGGCUGAGGUGGAACUAGCUAACGAAGAAGAAGAAGCCGAGUCAGAGUCUGAGUCUGAGUCUGUAUAAAUUGAGUUGAAUUGUUCAUUAGCUUAUGCAGUUUGAUUGUGUGUGAGUGUGAGUCGAAAGAAUCUAUUCUCUGAACGGUGUGGCUCAAGAACAAAGGAUCUUGCGUUUGUAAUUCUUCUGAUACAUUAUUAAAUGAGGAUUGUUGCUUUA